AUGGCACGUCGGAUCGGCUUAGAAAAACUAUCACUGAAACAAUGGAUGCAUCGGAACCGCAUUCUCCAGCUUUACCAGGGCCUUUUGCGGAGUAUUUACCGUAUCCCGGACGUGAAAGAGAGACAAUACUAUGUUGACUGGGCGAGCAAAGAAUUCAAAAGAUACAAAGAGAUGAACGACGAGACAGACAAUUACACAAUCAAUUUGAAAAUUCAAGAAGCGCAGGGCUGGCAAAGUCAGUUUGAAAAAUUGAAGAAACGAACUUCAGAAGGAUUCGAGCAGAAGAAGGGUGCUGAUAACGCCAUAACUUAUGAGAAAGGAUCGCUAAAUGACUAUAAAACGGACUAA